AUGGAUAAUGCUGGCGAUCCAAGUGCGCGGUGUCGCAUAAGAUGGAUCGUGGAUCUGGAGGCCGAGGAGUUGUCUGGCAGUUUCCAGCGUCGGUUGGAGCUCCUUCCUGUGCACGAGCAGCAACAGGUCCUGGCUUUCAUGCGGCAGACAGACCAGCAGCGGGCGCUAAUCAGCCGGCUGCUACAGCGCUGCUGCGUGUGCUCCGCCCUAGGCGUGCAGUGGGCUGACGUGGCGCUCUCGCUGACUAAGGGCCGCAAGCCCUUCACCACCAACGCCAAGCCCGCCCAUGCACCUAACUUCAAUUUUAACGUGUCCCACGAGGGGCGCUACGUGGCACUGGCUGCUGACCCCCUGUACCUCGUGGGCGUGGACAUGGCAGCGCCGCGGCGCUGGCGGCCGGGCCCUGGCCCAGGGUCCGUGGCACGGUCCCUGGACCAGUACCUGCAGUCUUUCCGUGGCCAGCUGGCAGAUAGCGAGUGGGCGCUUUUAGAGCGGCUUGGGGUGGACGAGGAGCGACGGGAGGCCGCCUUCCAGCGCCUGUGGAGCCUCAAGGAGGCUUUCGUGAAGGCGCGUGGGGAUGGCCUUGGUUUCCCUCAGCUGAACAGGGCUGCAUUCCAAUUUCCCGGAGGUGACCCUUGGGCCACAACCGCACAGCUGGUGCUGGAUGGCCAUGUCCAGAACAGCUGGUGCUUCACGCUGGAGCAACUACCGCAUGGCCAUUGUGUCUGCGUCGCACACGGGCCUGCUGUUGCCGCUGUGGACCAGCUUGGGUUUGCCUACUCUGCGCAUAUUUUACUGGCCUUCCUUGACAUGACCGCGGCUUUAAAGCCUGCGCGCAUAGGAGUGGAUCAGCUUGUAAACAUAGAAAGCGAUUUGGAUACACGAGUAGAAGGCCUGGUGUUAUCUGAUACUUUAACCGAUAGCGCUGAGCGCACGGAUUGGCAUCAGCAAGGCAGAGAUGGCAUCUGUGCUCUGGUUGAGGAAUGUAGAAGUGUGGCAAGAAGUUCAGCGACCGCUGCGGAAGGUCUUCUGACCCAAGAACCGAGUCUCAAGGACGUGACUGGUGUCCUGGUGGAUGACGUUCCAUCGGAGGAUUCCAGUCAAAGUACCGUGACAUGUAGUGGUCCAUCUACGCCAGAGCAAGCUGAUACAGUGGGAGCUCAAGAGCUGGACGAUUGCGAGAAACCUAGCUCAUCGGGCGUAGAUACAGUUGCUUCAGCACAUCAACGUGCUUCCGGUAAUACCAACACCAAUGACGAUGUUACUUGUACAACUUCCGCUGCUUCGUGGGAUGAAUGUGGCCCCUUCUCUUCGACAGCGGCACGGGCCACCGAAAGCCCAGGGAAAGAGGACAUCGCAACGAAGGAAACUGCUGCCGCCACAUCUGUGGAGGAAUUCAUGCCACCUUGCUCGGAUUCCCUUCCAACGUCAGAGUCAUGCAAACACAUCUCUUCCGUGCCUGAAUCCAUCGCGGCUGUCAAAGCUGAAGUGGACGCCCUCUCAGCCUCCCAAUCAUCAAGCGCGGACUCAGAUCGCACGCCAACCAGUUCGCUGAUUGCGCCUAGUUCGUUAUCUCCUCACAGCCUCUCUACGUCGGCUCCUGACCGCGCGUGUGGCGACGAGCCUGUUACUCCAAGCACGCCACGGCAGCCGCUUAACAUCCCCCUGCUACCACCGCCUACAGACCCACAGCGGAUGACACUUGUGCUGGAUUUGGAUGGCACACUAAUCGCCAGCGAGGAUGAGCCGCACGCUCCGGUGCCGUUCGACUACUGCGUGGACGAAGAGCGCUUCGUGUGGCUGCGGCCCGGGCUACGCCGGUUCCUCGACUCUGUGCGACCGCACUUCGAGGUGGUCCUGUUUACAGCCGCUGGAGAGAGCUGGGCCACCUCGGCGCUUCAGCGGAUUGAUCCAGAUGGCGUUAUCUUUGACAGCAGGCUGUACAGGGACCACACCGUAUCACACGAUGAUUGGCCCUGGGUCAAGGACCUGUCCCGGCUGGGCCGCGACCUAGCGCGUGUGGUGAUUGUGGACGACAACCCACUCAUGUUCAUGUACCAGCCGGAUAAUGCGCUGCAUGUGGCGGCGUAUGAUCCUCAGCUGACGGGCCACAACGAUGAUGUCUUGGAGCAGGCCUUGGACGUCUUAAUGCACAAGGUGCUGAUCGCAAAUGACGUGCGAGAGGUCCUCCGGAGCAUUAAGGAGCCUAUUACAGCCUCCUGCAUGGCAGCAAGGCACGCGGCCGCAAAGGCUCUGGCGGCGGCCUCCCUUGGGCACGUGGCUGUGCCGCGACUUGGGUCGGCACCUGGGCUGCAAGGGCGCAAGAGCGACGGUGUGGCAGCGGCACUGCUACCGCUAUCGGGCUCGGCAGCGCCGUCCACAAAACCUGGAGCCUCGGCCCUUGCGUCGGGCGACCAGCCCAGCACAGGGCCAGCAGGUGCCGCGCGAUUGUCGAGGCGGAGGCGGCGCUACUACAAGCGGCAACAGCAGCACGACUCGGCAGCAGCUCCUGGGAAACCGCAGGUGCCUGCGUCGGCAUCAUCUCCGCAGCCACAAUCCGAGAAACGACACCAACGAACGAGGUCUCGGAGGGGUGGCGGUUCCGGAUCUGGUGCCAGCGUCGAUGCCACGGCAGACGCCACCGCCGCCGGGCCCGCUGCGCCAACUGCUGCAUGCGUGCAGGCACCAGCCGUCCCUGCCGGGAAUCUCUUGCCGGCAGGCCCCAGUCAUACUGCAGCGGCUCGGCGGCCCCCGGGCACGAUCGGUCGCGCUCGGGGUCCUAAACAGACGUUGUCGGGCGGUGUGACGAAGCUAACGGGGCCGUCACUUUUCCAGCAGCCUGAGCAGCAACUGCAGCUGAAGCUCAAGCUGCUGCAGGUGCAGCGCGAGCAGGAAGAGGAGGAGGAACAGGCACGUGAGGAGGCUGGGGAGGGUGCCGCAUUGGGGGGCAGCCCCGCGCCGUCCUCCACCUGUAGCUCAUGCGGGCCCCAAGAGUUGGCUGCGCCGAGCAGAAGCACAGGCCAGAAAGAACGUGCGUUGGACGGGAAAUCCCGCGAAGCGUUGCUCCCGUUGCGCCCCCGGGAUGGCGAGAGUCCGGACGGGACGCCGGUGCUGACAUCGGUUCCCACACCCAUCUCUGCUACUGGGGCUGGGUCGGAAUCCAGUGACAAACAGGAGCCCGCUCCAGGAAGAGGGCAAGGGGCCCCGCAAGGGUGCAGUGUUUUGCCUGCUGCAGACGUGGAUCCCGUUCCGGGCCCUGCGCCGGCUGCUGCGGCCGGUUGUACUGACCCGGCUGCUUUAUUACUCGGUGCUGCUGUCCCAGCCGUUGCGGAACGGGGAGCUAAGACAGGCGCCGCCAGUCGACGGCGGAGGCGGAGGCGUGCAGCGGAAGCAGUGAGCCAGGAUGACGGCGGGGGCUCAACCGGCAAAGUCAGUGAACCCUUGCCUGCCGAUGCGCAGUCGGGGAGUUUUACCAACGGGGAGAAAAACCUACUUGCUACUGCCGCCAGGCGCGUGCUGCUGGAGCGGUCAGGGCAGGAAUAAACAGCUCAAUAGUAGGGCACUCAUUCGUGCGUGCAAUUUCGUGGCCCUGAUACCUGAUAUAGGUAGGGCCUGCAGAAAACAACAGGAUUGUGCCGCCGAGUCAGGCCGUGGAGGCAUGCCUGCAUCUGGCAGCAUAACCCAACGGGCCGACGGUGGGCGGCAGGAAUUCUUCAAAGCUUUCGUCCAAAUGGAUGGCUGUUGUUGAAGGAUUGGGAUCCGCCUGGGACAGCAAGGCACGCUAGGCUUUUGCCGCGUUGUUCAUAGUCGCUCGGCUGUUAUUGCUUGCCCACCUUGGGAGGCUUUGCCGAGGCGUCGGGGGAUUUAGCUCUCAACGCAGAGAGCUUAUUUAACAGCGACUGCACAGAAGGCGAGGGUAAUAGCGUAGCCUGCUAAACCGACACUGUUCUGGAUGCGUCAGAGAGAGUGACCGUCGCGUUGAACCCGUUGCAUGGCUGAGCAAGCAUUUCUUUGCUGCGGUGGUGUGGUGUGUGAUAUAAAAUGGUGAGAUAGUGGACAGCUAUGAAGGAUAUGGCAGUGUGGGCUGCCAUCUGGCUCAUGAUGCGCAGCACAAACAAAUGGCUUGGAAGCGGCUAGGAAGGAUGUCCCCGCACAUGCUGGCGAUGCCGCAGUGCUUCUGCAUGUGUGUGUUGUGUGGUUCUUUCCUUUAUUCUUCCUCUUACACUCCUAGGAACGAGCACUUUGUAUAGCUGUUCAGGCUGCGUGCUUUCACGCAAUGGGGGCGUGCUUGCGGAUAUACUGGGGAGCGAGUGGCUUGUGCCAUCGGCGUUCUCUGCGAUUUUUGCAGUCAGCUCAACCGCAAUCGGUAUUGUAUCCACGGGUGCUUUAUGUGAUCACACUUGCGUAACCUCUUAUGCGCAGGUUGCAAGGCUACUCGAUAUAGUCACUGUUUGAUUAAGGCAGCUGGUGAUAGGCUUUAGAAUACUCUGCCGCAACCCGUGGGGUCAGGUAUAUAGCUGCAGAAUCGAAGGGAAAUGUGAUUUCCAGGUAUAAAUGAGUGUCCAGGCAGGUCGUGGUGUGAGUACAGCCUUUACAAAUUUGUGGAUCGAGUUUAUG